GUCAUCUUACAGCGCCCCCUGGCGCACCGGAGGCUCGGAGAGUGGAGUUAAUUCUGACAAGCUGUAAUUCUUUUCUUCUCCCCACCACACACACACACUUCGCGUGUUUUGCGCGCGCGCGGAGGCCAUAGGUCUCCACCCAAGUUUUGAAGACAAGGUCUCUCCUUGAACCUGUAGCAGCUCAGGCUCAAGAACAUAGUAUCCUGGCUCUCUGAGAACUAACAGUCUGUGGAAGAAGGAAGACAAACGAGAACAAAGGUGAUGGCCUCAAGGAGUUCAGAGCUGGAAGACAUAGGUAGCCAUGGGACCAUAGAGAAAGUCCAGCUCAUCUAGCCUGGGAGGCAGAGACAACUUCUCCCAGGAGAAAAAGGCUGUCUACAACCUUUCUAUGCCUAGAACCUUUUCAAAGUGCUCCAAACGUAGUUCUCCCCACAGGGACUGUCCUGUUACUAUGGGCAUUUGGGCCCUAGGGACCCUACGAGACAUUAUGGCUUGACCUUCUGGAGAACUGGAUCCUAAACGAGAAUUUAGUUGCUUCAGAUUAUGCUCCUGGGAGGCAGUACUGUUUCUACAGAAACUGUUUGCAUUAAUCUCUUGUACAUAAGGGAGCCUGUUUCAGUCCCCAGACCUCUGCUGUGGGCCUCUGAGGAGAUGAUGAGUCUUGCCCCUGCUGCUUCAAGAGCCUAAUGUUGUCUAGCUUGGGUAGGCACUGGAACAACCCUUUAUUAUUUACUGGCCAGUGAGCUUCGGAUCUUCUGGAGAAAUUCUCUGUCUUAGUGUUGGCAUCUCUAAAGUAUGAAGGGUAAGCGAGACCUGGGAAUUUCCCCCAAAGGACUCUCUGAGAAAUGGAGGUAGCCAGCCACAAAGUGUAUUCCAACCCAGCAGGUAGCUUUUGUGUUUGGGCUGGCAGCUGGGGAGAUGAAGCUCAGGAUGAAGUUUAAUGAUAGCAUUCUCAGAUAGGCUUGGUGGUUGCCAUGUUGCAGCAGUUAUGGAGGGCCACUCUGCAGGCUGAUCAGAGGUCUCUGGGGCCUAACACAGGAUGGUCAGAAUUCCCGAGGUGUCAGCAGCAGCCUAGAAGUAGGACAAUGUGUAGACAGAAACAUAUUUGUCUUUACCUGUUCAUUUUUUCAGGACUCAACUUCUCUCUCGCCUGGCAUUCCCAGUGCUCUGAGCUGUUCCUCUCUACUGCUUAGGAAAUCGUAGGCAGUUGGAGCCAGAGGCCCCACAUUCCCAGCAGACGAUGGGAAUCCAGUCUCUCUCAUCUCGCUCCAGAAGCCUGUGAUGGAGGAGUUACCACCCCUGUGGGGCUUGGGACUUUGAUUUCAGGUUCCUUAUUGUACUUCGUAGUCAUGGCUUAGGACAAAUCCUGGAUUCCUAAAACUACCACUAAGGCGGAGGUGACUUCUCAUGGGCCUCCAGAGAAGGAGUCCAGGGCCUCUACUGACAGGCCUGUCUGUAGGGCUGCUGAUUUUCAGUUGGACAAACCUUGCCCACCCCACCGACCUCUCAGCACUGGCUCACCACCCCCAUUUGUGCCAAACCACACGAGACACUGAAGGCCGCCACUACCCUGGUUUCUUCUGUCCUCGCCUCUCUGAUACUCCUGAAGAAGCCUACUGUUGCCACCUGCAGGCUGCCGGGGGCUCCUGCUGUACCCGGGAUGAAUUUGAGGCCCUGUACCAAGUAAACUUGUCUUCUCUCCAGCCCCCACCCAUCCUCAGGGGCCCAGGCCCGCUCCUAGCACUGGGCCUCUACAGUCUACUUCUGUUGGCACUGAUGACAGCAGAUUUCGUGCACUUCUGCCGUGGCCGGGGAAGGAAAGAAAGCCUAAACUCCAGCAGCCGCCGCCUUCCCUUUCGGGCCUCUGCGGCGCGCCCCCUACUGGUCCCAGUGGGAACAGACUAGAAGCUCCUGAUGCGUCGCUGAGCCUGCGUCUGCGU